AUCAGAGAGGCUCAUGCGUCUGCCCGACCAAUUCCAUCAUCCAAUUUCUGAAUCCAAUUCCCCAUCUAAAAACCGAUGACGAGUGUCGUGGUUGAUUGGGUACAUUGACUAAACCAAGACUAAUAACCGGUUUUCACCGAACCAGAUUCACCAACUAAAUAGGACGACCGUCGUUUUGUUCGUCGGAACUCAACUUUCUCUUUGCCACUGAUCAUCUCUGUUCUCACUGGUCAAUCGUCGGAGAUAUAAGCUUGAUUAACUUCGAUUGUACGCGAAUCUGGUGAUCGACGAUGGAGAUUAAUACAGACGAUUCCUUACAUGAUUUCUUGGAGCGGAUGCGCAAGCCUUCCUCCGGCGAUUUCGUUAGAUCCAUUAAAAGUUUCAUUGUUUCAUUCUCGAACAAUGCUCCAGACCCAGAAAAGGACUGUGCAACAGUUCAGGACUUCUUUUCAAAGAUGGAAGCUGCUUUCAGGGCUCACCCACUUUGGUCCGGUUGUUCUGAGGAGGAAUUGGACAGCGUUGGAGAUGGCCUAGAGAAGUAUAUCAUGAUAAAGCUAUUUCCCCGUGUAUUUGCUUCAAACCCCGAGGAUGUUAUAUCUGAUGAGAAACUCUUUCAGAAGAUGUCAUUGGUUCAACAAUUCAUUUCUCCUGAGAAUUUGGAUAUACAACCAACUUUUCAAAAUGAAACAUCUUGGCUGCUAGCUCAAAAAGAGCUCCAGAAGAUAAACAUGUACAAAGCUCCUCGUGACAAGCUUGUGUGUAUCCUUAACUGCUGCAAAGUUAUAAAUAACUUACUGCUAAAUGCUUCAAUUGCUUCGAAUCAGAACGCACCUGGAGCGGACGAGUUUCUUCCUGUUUUGAUAUAUGUUACAUUAAAGGCUAACCCUCCACAACUUCACUCAAACUUGUUGUAUAUACAAAGAUAUAGGCGUGAAUCUAAACUUGUUGGUGAAGCUGCCUACUUCUUCACAAACAUACUCUCUGCAGUCUCUUUCAUCUCAAAUAUUGAUGCAAAGUCACUCUCAAUGGAUGAAUCUGAGUUCGAAAAGAACAUGGAAUCUGCACGGGCACGAGUUUCUGUCCUUGGCAGCCAGUCUUAUCAAACUGGUCAUGGUGAUGAGUCGUCCACUGUUCAUAAAGCUCAAACGCUGAACCUCAAAAGGGAAAACACACUUUUCCAAUCAAAAUCUUCUGAUAGUCUUUCUGGGAACAGUGAGAUAUCGGUGAAGAAAGUUGAAUCCAUAUCUGAUUUGGAAAACAAGGGUGCUGCAACGCUGCUGAAGGAUACAGAGUCGAGCAAAAUCUUUCAAGAAUAUCCUUACUUAUUUGCCAGCGCUGGUGAUUUGAGGGUAGGAGAUGUUGAAGGCUUGUUAGAUGAUUAUAAACAGCUCGUUUUCAAAUAUGUGUGCCUCUCCAAAGGAUUGGGUGAUGCAACAUCUUUAGCUCCAUCUACUUCAACCUUGCAAGCAUCGUCCGGUUUUGAUGCGUCUAAGGAAUCUGAGGUUCAUAGAGCAUCGUCUUCAGAUGCUCAAACGAAAAGGGAAACAGAGAGGAGCGUCGAUGAUCUGAUACGAGCUCUACAGGGUGAAGAGGAAGAUGUUGAUAAGCUCUUAGAUGUAAAACAAGAAGAAAGUGAUCCCAAGGUGAAAGAAGAAGUUGGUGCCAAAGACAAUAAGACAUUGAGUUAAUGAAGCAAGGUCCAGAAAGAAAUGGUGACAACUCUCUAGUUCGCGGUCCCGAAUUGUAGAAGAUGAAGAUGUUGUUUCCAAACAGAUUAGUGGUUCGUUCUCUGAAACAGUGUGAUGCAAUAUGACCACUUAUCAAAAAUGUUAUGAACGAAACCAUCAAAAUUGUUUACGCCAUAAAGAGUCAAGACAAGUUGUCCACAAAACUGACUACGUUUGAUAUUAAAAUUUGAGGAUGGUAAAAUUCCAUAAAUAGAAAAUAAAUGAAAUUCAACAACACAAUUUGAU